UGUUGUGUAUUUUGUUAUUUCGCGGCAGAAUAAUUUCAUUUCUACAAAAAGUAGUUGUUAAACUAUAAAUUAAACAACCAAUUAAUUCUACUACAACUACAAGUGUGUGCAUUGUUCGAAAAGUAACAGCGCAGCUUUGUUGUCGCAUACCAAAAAGAAGAAAAAACAGAAAAGUAAAACGCACGUGUGCGGCACACGAGAUAGCAUGGAAACAGAGAAUGGCGAGGGGCAGGUGCAGGUACACCUUAAAACCAAACAAGAACACUAUGCUGUGCCGGAUGUGCCUUAUGCUAUUGAAGGUAGCGUGACUACCACGGAGCUAAAUAUUUUCCUCAACGCCUUACUGCAAGACAAGGACGUGGGCAAUGUUGACUUUGAUUUUUUGGUGUUUGAUGAGUAUCUGCGUGGACGACUGUGCGAUCAUUUGCGCGAGAAGGCCAUCAGCUUUGAGGAUGCCAUUGAGAUUGAGUAUGUGGAGCGAUUUCCUGCGCCUGAGCCGCAGGAUUGUUUGCUACACGACGAUUGGGUGUCUGCGGUAAAAACGCGCGGCAAGUGGAUCUUGACUGGCUGCUACGACAACACUAUUAAUAUAUGGACCAGCAAGGGCAAGCAUAAGUUAACCAUUCCUGGACACACGGCGCCUAUUAAGGCAGUAGACUGGAUAUCGCUGGACGAUGAGGCUGGACGCUUUGUGAGCAGCUCGCAGGAUCAGACAGCCAUGCUCUGGAAAUGGAAUAUUGCCUCGAACGCCGUCGAGUGCAUCUCAGUGUGCAAGGGUCACGAACGUGGUGUCGAUAGCGUUGGUGUAAGUCCUGAUGCUCAACGCUUUGCCACAGGCUCCUGGGAUACAAUGCUUAAAAUCUGGUCAGCCGAAUUAGACGACAGUGCAGAAGGUGCCUCAAAACGCGUCAAAGAGAGCGGAGUGAGAACUCCAAAAAUGACGCUGCAGGGACACAGGGAGAGUAUCUCAGCAGUGCAAUGGAUGGAUGGUACCACGUUGCUCACAGGCAGCUGGGAUCACACGCUCAAGGUGUGGGAUCUCAAUAUGGAAGGCAUCAAAACAGAAAUAUCCACCAACAAAUCCAUUUUCGAUGCCAACUAUUCAAACUUAAAUCGUCUAAUUGUCACCGCUUCAGCCGACAAGAAUCUUCGUCUAUACGACGCGCGCACAAAUCAGGGCUCUGUGGUACGCAACACCUACUUGGGCCACAAUGCCUGGGUGCAAACGGUCAUGUGGUCGACAACGGAAGAGUUUCUCUUUGUCUCCGGUGCCUACGAUAACCAGAACAAGCUAUGGGAUUGCCGUAGCCCAAAGGCGCCACUUUACGAUCUGCUGGGACAUGGCGAGAAAGUAUUUGACAUUGACUGGACGAAUCCUAAGUACAUUGUAUCUGGCGGCGCUGACAAUACAGUGCGUGUAUUCAAAUCACGCAAAGCGCAGGGUGAAGACAUGGACACCAAGUAGUGUUCCACACACACGCUUUCUAUAUUAAAUAUGUUUGUAGUAACUGUUAGGCGCUGCUAAGUUUAAAUAAAG